AAGAGAUUGUGGCUCACAGCAGCAAUGUAUCCUCACUAGUCCUGGGAAAAAAUUCGGGCCGGCUGCUGGCAACUGGAGGAGAUGACUGUCGGGUCAACAUAUGGUCAGUUAACAAGCCCAACUGCAUCAUGAGCUUGACAGACCAUACAACGCCCAUUGAGAGCCUACAGAUGAAUAUGAGCGAGGAACUCAUUGUUGCAGGGUGCCAGUCAGGGUCCAUUAGAGUUUGGGACCUGGAAGCUGCCAAAAUUCUUCGUACCUUACUUGGUCAUAAAGCAAGUAUCUGCAGCCUUGAUUUCCAUCCUUUUGGAAACUUUGUGGCAUCUGGCUCUUUGGACGCAAACAUUAAGCUCUGGGAUGUAAGAAGAAAAGGCUGUGUCUUCAGGUACAAGGAUCACACAGAAGCAGUUCGAUGUCUCCGCUUUAGCCCUGAUGGGAAAUGGUUAGCCUCUGCUGCUGAUGAUCACACUGUAAAGCUAUGGGAUCUGGCUGCUGGGAAGAUAAUAUUUGAGUUUGCAGGACAUACUGGCCCGGUAAACAUUGUUGAAUUCCAUCCCAGUGAAUAUCUUUUGGCUUCUGGCAGCUCUGACAGGACUGUUCGGUUCUGGGACUUGGAGAAGUUUCAAGUUGUGAGCUGUAUUGAAGGGGAGGCUACUCCUGUCAGGUGUGUGCUCUUCGACCCAGAUGGCUGCUGCUUGUAUGGUGGCUUCCAGGAUUCACUGCGUGUGUAUGGCUGGGAGCCAGAGCGCUGCUUUGAUGUGGUCUUGGUGAACUGGGGAAAAGUAGCUGACUUGUCUAUCUGCAACAACCAGCUGAUCGGAGUUUCCUUUGCCAAAAGCAUAGUGUCUUCCUUCGUUGUGGAUCUCAGCAGAGUCACCAAGUCGGAUUCUGUUCCUCAUGGGCUGAUCAGGGACAACAAGCCUCUUGUGCCACCUACCCCCACUGGGUCCUCCCUUCGCCACAUCUAUGACAGGCCCUCAACUAGCUGCAACAAGCCACAAAGCAGAGUGAAGCACAUCUCGGAGAGUGAGAGGCGCAGUUCCAGCAGUGAAGAUGACCGGGAUGAGAAGGAAUCAAAGGCUGAGAUCCAGAACCCAGAGGAUUACAAAGAGAUCUUCCAGCCCAAGAACACUCUCAGUCGAACUUGUCCUCAAAAUAAUGAGCCCUUUCCCGCACCUCCUGAGGAUGAGCCCGUAACUGCAAAGGAAGCAGUGAAACCCAGCCAAGCUGAGGAUGUCCAGAGCCUGUUGCCAAAGCAAGAACCUCCUGAUCCGGUUCAGAGGCCACCGAUUGCCUCCUCAACUCCUUCGACCAGAGCAGAGCCGUCGGUGAUUCCUGCAGCCAGGAAUGAGCCCAUUGGCCUGAAGGCCUCUGACUUUCUACCAGCUGUGAAAAACCAAAGCCAGACCGAGCUCACGGAUGAGGAAGCCAUCUCCCAGAUCAGGAAAGGCCACGAGACCAUGUGUGCGGUGCUCGCCAGGCGCCACAAGAAUCUGGAGACCCUGCGGGUUAUAUGGAACACCGGUGACAUCAAGAAAGCUCUGGACUCUGCGGUGGCGUUCAACGAUCUGUCUGUUGUUGUGGACGUCUUGAAUAUUCUCAACCAAAAAGUGCCUCUCUGGAAGCUGGAUUUGUGUCCUAUAGUCCUGCCACAGAUAGAGAAACUACUCCAAAGUAAAUACGAAAGUUACAUGCAGACUGGAUGCACCUCCCUGAAACUCAUUCUCCAGAGAUUCCUGCCUCUGAUCACAGACAUCCUCGCUGCACCACCUUCUGUCGGAGUGGACAUCACCAGAGAGGAGAGGCUCCAGAAAUGCAAGCUGUGCUACGAUCAACUGAAAAACAUCAGCAACGUCGUCAAGAACAAAUCUGAGCUCAGAGGUCGCCAUGGUAGUGCCUUUCGGGAACUGCGUCUCCUCAUGGCUGCCCUGGAGUGA